AAUAACCUGCAGUAUUCUACAAUUUAUUUCUUGCAUAUGCUGUGCAGUCAGUAAUCCCAAUCUUACAACCCACUGACAUCACAAGUUUUCCCAUCAUUAUUUGGAUGCUUUAAUUUUCUGCUGUGAGUUUCAGAUUUCAUGGAAUUAAGGAGAUUAAGACUUUCUUCUCCUUUUCAGCUAAUUGAGGCAUGCUUUAUUGGAUUCAAUUUAGAAGACUGGCUUGGGCAAUGCAAAGUCUUCCUCUUUUUCCUUUGAUGACUCUGAAUGGAUUUAUUCUUGUAAAUAGUCAUGUACUUCUCACAUUUUGUGCACUUGCUAUGCUAGUCUAAAGCAAGUAUAGACAUUUUACAUCAGCACUAAAGAUGACAGCGACAGCAGCUGGUACCAUGUGUGCCAAAAGCAUGAAAUUCCUGAAUUUCAUAAAUGAGGAUAAUUGUUUUUAAUAGCUCUUCAAUAUUUCAUUAUUUCCUUCAUGUUAGAUUUUUUUUGUCUCAAAUGUCUAUAGUCUUUGCUGCAGAACAUAACAGGCUUCUCAGUAAUCAUGAGUCUGUCAUAAUCUCUUUGUGAUGCUGAAUGACAGACACCCUGCUGUUAAGGCAGAUUUGAUUUCACUGUUGGAUACUACCAUUUUUUUCUUUUUUCCUGUCCUCCACCAUACUUGUUUUCUCAGCUGACUUGUUUUUUAUUCCAAUUAAUAAGUGCAUAACAUCUGUUUUUCAUUGUUUUUUUUAAAUAGUUGCUUUCUCUUUACUUACUGUAGUUCUGAUUAGAGCUGGUUUUUGCAAGAUCAAGCUGGUUAGAGACCAAAAUUGUUUUCUUAGCAAGCGUAAUGCUUGCUUUGCUGUUAUAUAAAGCCUUCGGAAAGGACACGUGGUUUCUGCGUAAAGGCGCAUCACACUAAGCACAGCUGGAUAGGACAUCAGGGCACUGGCAGCACUGAUGCAGACAGACUGUGUGCAUUACGCACAAGGUGUCUUGUAUCAGGUUGAGGUGGUAAAGUCAGACAAUUCCUUGACUCACCUUGACAUGCUUUAGGGGAAGAGUGUUGAGUCUUUUCCACAUCAUCGGAGACUACUUAUAAAUCCACUUCUCUGACUUGCUCACAACUCCAGUCUGCGUCUUCACUCCAAAAUGGUCAAGUCAGCGUUUCCAUGGUUUUUCCUACAUGCAUCCUAGGUGGAUCGCAGACUUCCCUGAAGCCUGAUUUUGUUUUUAAGUUAACAAUGAGUCGCCACCACUCAGACUGAGAUGAGGUUCAGCGCUGAUUGUUUCUUUCAUGGUGUAAAAUGUCGUUCUUGAGCUCAAACUCCAGUAACGUGAGCCUGACGCGGCCAGCACUGACCGAUGAGCCGCGAGAUGAGAGAUUAGCUCGGAUCGAGAUCGCGAUGCUCAGCGUUAUCUUCCUGAGCGCCACGGCUCUGAAUCUCGGGCUCUUGCUCGUGCUGCUGAGGAGACGCGGGGCCAUGUCGCGCAUGCGCGUGUUCGUUUUGCACCUGUGCCUGGCGGAUCUCACCGUGGCCUUCUUCCAGGUGUGUCCGCAGCUCCUGUGGGACAUCACGGACCGCUUCGUAGGUCCAGACCUGGUGUGCCGCUUGGUCAAGUACUUACAGGUGGUCGGCAUGUUCGCGUCUACUUACAUGAUAGUGGUGAUGACAGUGGAUCGCUACCAAGCCGUGUGCAACCCCAUGGGCACGCUGCAGAGGAGGAGAGCGCGCUGGAACUUGCCGGUGUGCAUUGCUUGGGUAGUGGCGCUCGUAGGCGCCCUGCCGCAGAUCUUCAUUUUCUCCCGCGUCCAGGUGUCUCCAGGAGUCUUCGACUGCUGGGCACAGUUCGUGCAGCCAUGGGGACUUAAAGCAUACGUGACUUGGACAACUUUGGUCAUAUUCGCGCUGCCUGUCCUGACGGUGAUCGUGUGCCAGGUGUGCAUUUGCCGCGCCGUGCAGCUCAGCCUGCGCAUGAAGACGCACCGAGAGGGCUGCAGCAGUGCCAGCAGCGUGCUCGGGCUCUCCAAGGCUCGCGUAAAGACCGUCAAGAUGACCGUCGUGAUCGUCCUCGUUUACGUGGCUUGCUGGGCGCCUUUCUUCACCGUGCAGCUGUGGUCUGUGUGGGAUUCCAGCGCUCCCACUGAGUCUGCAACUUUCACCAUCCUUAUGCUCCUUGCAAGUCUGAACAGCUGUGCUAACCCCUGCAUCUACCUUGUCUUCAGUGGCCCAGUGCCCAAGCAACUGUUAGCACUGAUGUGUACGAGCCACAGUGAAAGUAAGGGGUCUGUGCCUGAGGAUGCCACGGUGGUCAGUUCUGUCUAUCUGAGCUUAAAGAGUCUUUCUUAGGUAAAAGUGCUGGUCUCACACCUGUGGAGCUGCUGAAGAGUCGUGGUCAUAAUAGAUUGCAUCCAAACAGCUGCACCAAGGCAAUCUGAUUUUAAAAAAUUAGGUUUUUUUAACAAAAAUUAAUUACUAAUGAUGUGAUAGCUAGUAUUGUUCUAGCCACCAGAUUACUUCAGGGUACACCUUCAGCCUUCAUUCGUACAACCCUUAAUGGUUCUUUGGUUGCCUAAGAAGCAAAUAACCCUUGAUUAUCCAAUGAACCUUGAAAGAACUCUAUUUUAAAAGUGUAUGUAUGUCCCAAAAUGUGCAUUACAUUCACUGUUGCUACCACCACCUUCCCCAUUACUCAAUAUAAUACUAGAUAGUAGUCACACCAUAUAUGUGGAUAUACCCUUGAACAUCCAUACUCAUAGCCAAGAUGUAAUUUGUGGCCAUAUUUUGUCUGUCACGGUACAAAAAAAUAAAUAAAUAAAUAAAUAAAUAAAUAAAGGACAAUAAAAACAGCCAUGGAUAGCUACAGCAGUACUUCAUUAUCUAAUGUGUACACAUACAUUUACUAUGGCAUAUAAUUUAGUGCACAGGGUUUAACACAGAUUACGGGGUAUUUGAGAACUGUACAGGAUUGUAAAUUUCAGUAUAAAAUGAAGGUUUAAGGAGAGGUAAAUUCCUACUUUCAUAUAGAAACAUUGGUCUUGGAUUUUAUAUAAGUGCUCCUAUGCUAAAUGUUCUUGCUUUUAUUGUAUACUCUGCUUGUGUGUUUCAUUUUAAGUGUCAAUAAAGUGUUUGUGUGAAUCAGUAUAUAGACUUUAAUAAACAUAAAUCAAAAAAGAAGCAUGCAAAAGAAAAAUGCACAAUUCCUAACAAUUGUACACAUUCCAAGAAUCACUGUGCUCCCAAAUGCCCUGACACACAUAUAAAAAGUAUAAAACUAUCCACACACAAACAAUGAAUCAGUUAUCCAAUUAACCAAUCACGUGACAGCAGCACAAUGCAUAAAAUCAUGCAUUUUUCCAAACUUUAAUUGAUCUGCUGGAUCCAAACCAUGCCAAAAAAUUCCCCCAACACUGGCAUCUUUAGUUUCUACUGAUACACUCAUAUAUACAUUCAGUAUUUCCAUGUGGCAUAGCCAGGGGACCCAUGCUUUAAAUAUUUUUUUACAGUAAAAUUACAUGGAAAUGGAAA